CUGCCAAAAAAUAGACAUAGCAUGCACUAAUUGACUUGGACUUUCUAAGAGAGGAUGACCAUUCAGUGCUUUGAAUGCUUAUUUUAAGAGGUUGCAUUGCUUUCACGCCUUCAGUCUUUGCUCCCUCCAGAAUAAAUCCCAUCUCUCUUUCUCCGCCAUUAACUUAUUUUGCAACUUCCAAGCUUCUAAAUCCCCAAGGGAGUAGAAGGAGCUAAUGGCAGAAGAAGAGAAAGGGAGAAGCGAAACUACCGGAAAACACCAAGUUUUCCAGGAGGGAAAAUCUAUGAGAAAAUCAAGGUCAACUGAUUCUUUAGGGACCAAUUCUUCCAUCGGAAAGUCUUGUGUGUGUUCUCCGACCAAACACCAAGGAUCAUUCCGAUGCAGGCUUCAUCGUACAAUCCAUAAUCACCACAGCAAUCUUGGUGAGACUCAAUCUCACACCGCAGAGGCAAGAAGUUUCAAGCAUUCGGUUUUGAACGAAGUUGAAGGAGAAAGCGAGUGAGAUACUCUCUGUAUUUUGUACAAAGAAUUCACAUUCUACAGUUUUAUUUUUGUUUUUAAGAUUAUGAUAAUAAAACCAGAGUGAAGGUUAUAAGAUUAUGUGGUAUUUUGCACUAAAAUGUGUGCAAUAGA